CUUUAUUAAGCUUAGUGCUUAAGUUGAUGAGGACAUUUUGAUUUGAUAAAUCAAGAGAAAACCAUUGAGCCUGUUCUUUUGUUGACAUUACACAUUGCCUCUUACUUUUUCGUACUUUUAUUAAAAAUUUGUGUGGAGUUGAUAAACUUUUGUCAAAUUUUCGUCGCUUUUUUAUAGUCACGGGAGAAUGGCUGCAAACGAAGACAACUCGUGGAGAACUCCUGCUUUCCGGCAGAGCGUCGUUACCAAAAUUGAGGAAGCAAUCCGAAAUUCAGGAAUGCCGACCUCUAGGAAUAGCAUGGAGAUGGAGAGUCACGUUUUCCAAAAAGCAAAAAAUAAAGAGGAAUAUCUGGGGUUUGUUGCUCGACUGAUUCUACAUGUACGAGAAUUAAACGCAAAAAAAGGGACUGGUACUGGUGGUGCUCCCAUCCAGGGUGUUGGUCAAGGUAUUCCAGACCCAAUUAAUGCCCUGCAGACUCUCGCUCGGCAGGGAGCAAAUCCACACAUGGUGACCGGAAUGUCUGCUGGCCCUGGAACUCAAAUGCAGCAAAUGCAAGGUCAGGUUACUCAGCAAGGACAGCAAAUUGCCCCUGGCAUGAUGAUGGGCCAAAUGAUGGGCCAACAGGCCCAGCCGGGUGUGAUGCCAGGACAACCGCAACCGAACCUACAGCAGGGCCAGAUGAGCCCAGCAAUGCAACAGUUUGUUCCUCGACCUGGUGGCCAGCCAAUGCAGGGUAUGCCAAAUAGGAUGCCUCCAAGCAUGGGAAUACACAUUUCGCAGAUGGGUGGCUAUCAAGUGCAGUCCCAGUCUCCUCAGCAAAUUCCAAACCAAUUGGCUCAGCAGAUGGCUCAAUUACAGCAACAGCAAGCCCAGCACAGAAAACAAGCAGAAAUGGCUAUGGCAGUUGGACCGAGCAAUCAACCUCCCUUUGGACCUCGAGCUGCUACCCCUAACCAAGGAUUUCUUGGCCAAAGUCCCAACCCUUCUGCCAAUCAAGCCUCAGUUCCCUCACCGGCUGGAACAAUUGGUUCAAGCUUACAACCAGGGCAGUUAGCUGGUUCACCUGCCAUGGUUGCAUCACCAAGUCCACAAAUAGGAACCCCAAUGGGAGGCCCUCCAGGAAGUGUUGGACCAUCAAGACCAAUGAGUAUGGUGGCGUCACCUUCAAGUUCAUUAAACACCCCUGCAGUUGCCAACUUAAGUCCUUGCUCGUCGCAGGAAGAGCAAGUAUAUCGUGAAAAAGUGCGCCAGCUUAGCAAAUACAUUGAACCUCUGCGUAAAAUGAUAGCCAAGAUCGGGGAUGAAGAUGCUGAACGACAUAAGAAAAUGAAAAAUUUGCUAGAACUUCUGUCUAAUCCGACCAAAAGAAUGCCAUUGGAAACUCUACUCAAGUGUGAGAAAGUAUUAGAAAAGCUUGAUUUCAAAAGAGGAGAAGUUGGAGGUUCGGUGCCAACAGCUCCUCAUUUGGCAGCAUUGAGAGAGCAGCAUUUAUACAAUCCACUACUAGAAGCAGUUGGUACACAAUUAAACAGCCCUGUGAUCAAUCACACACUGCAAAGAACUUUUGAGCCUACAUUAGAAGCUCUUUUGGGCACAGAAAUUAAACUGAUGCCUCCACCACCAAAGCGGAGAGCACUGGAGCCGAUAGAUGAUAUUCCUGAGGUUUUACAGGGAGAAAUCGCACGUUUAGAUCAGAGAUUUAAAGUUAGCCAGAAUCCUAACCAACACCCUGGCUCUCAAGCAAUCCACCUCAUUUGCUGGCUGGAUGACAGAUUUUUACCCUGUGUUCCUCCCAUCUGCUUGACUGUCCCCGAGGACUAUCCUGCCAGUCCCCCUAAAUGCGAUUUAGCUGCAGAUGAAUAUGCCUCAACCCCUUUUUUGACUUCUGUGGAAAAAGCUCUUGCUGCAAGGAUUCACAAGCUGCCGGGAUUAUAUUCUGUAUCCCAAUUACUGGACACCUGGGAAAUGGCUGUUCGCCAAGCAUCAUCACCUGCGCAGAAUAACUCUAUUUCCAGCAUAACUGUCCUCGUGGGAAUGUAAAUUUUUAAUGAGCUAACAGGCUUAGAUUAUAAAAUUAAAUUAGUUUAGCAUUUAAUCAUUAUAUAUAUAAUUUAUAUCUUAUAUCAUGUGUCAGUGUUAUAAUGAAAAUAAAUAAUCUUGAAUCAUGGUUUA